AUGGGGGACGAAGAAACAGGGGAGGAGUAUUUGUUCAAGAUAGUGGUUAUAGGUGAUUCAGCAGUGGGCAAAUCCAAUUUGCUGUCCCGUUUUGCAAGGGAUGAGUUUGACCAUAACUCUAAAGCCACCAUUGGAGUGGAGUUUCAGACUCAGAUGGUGGAGAUUGAUGGCAAGGAGGUGAAGGCCCAAGUGUGGGACACUGCUGGGCAGGAGAGAUUUAGGGCUGUCACUUCUGCUUAUUACAGAGGGGCUGUGGGGGCUCUUGUUGUUUAUGAUAUUAGCAGGAGGACUACUUUUGACAAUGUCAAAAGAUGGCUUGAUGAACUUAACACUCAUUGUGAUACGACUGUUGCAAGAAUGCUGGUCGGGAACAAGUGUGAUUUAGAGAACAUCAGAGAGGUGAGCUUGGAGGAUGGGAAAAGCCUUGCAGAAGAAGAAGGAUUAUUUUUCAUAGAGACAUCUGCAUUGGAUUCUACUAAUGUGUACAAGGCUUUUGAGAUUGUUAUCCGUGAGAUCUACAACAAUAUUAGCCGGAAAAUUCUCAACUCUGAUUCCUACAAGGCUGAAUUGUCUGUCAACCGGGUUAAUGUCGACUUAACGAAGCAAAAUAAGAGCACUUAUUCCUGCUGUUCUUCUGCAUGA